GAAGAGUUUAACGGAUGUGAUAAUUUCUCUUGCUUGCUAACUUGAUACUAUUAAUGGGAUGUCUAACGUUAGUCCAGAAUAGUUACGCUGAUGUAAACUUUCCUUCUGAGUAGUAGGAUUUACAUCUUCAGUCGUUCUAGCUAAGAAGUUUCUGAGUGCUCGCCGUGAGCAUGGCAGACCGAGAGGAGCGCCGCUUCGCCGAGGUUUCCCGGGAGUCUGUCAGACUCAUGGCCGAGAGUGCAGGCGUGGAGCUCGGCGACGAUGUGGCCGCUCUGCUGGCCGAGGACGUGUGUUACCGGCUCAGGGAAGCCACACAGAGCAGCUCUCAGUUUAUGAGACAUGCCAAGAGGAGGAAGCUGACAGUGGAAGACUUCAACAGAGCUUUGCGCUGGAGCAAUGUGGAGGCUAUUUGUGGCUGCGGGGCCCAGGAUGCUCUUCCUUUCCGCUCAGUGAAAGAAGGAGAGCUUUUCUUCAUUGAGGAUCGGGACAUCAACCUGGUCGAGUUGGCUUUGGCCACCAACAUUCCCAAGGGCUGUGCUGAGACCAUGGUGCGAGUGAAUGUAUCGUACCUGGAUGGGAAAGGCAACCUGGAGCCUCAGGGGACAGUUCCCACAGCAGUGCAGUCCCUGUCAGACGACUUGUUGAAGUACUACCAACAGAUCACACGGGCCAUCCUGGGAGAGGACCCCCAGCUCAUGAAGGUGGCUCUGCUGGACCUGCAGUCCAACUCCAAGAUCGCUGCCCUCUUGCCGUACUUUGUUUAUGUCAUCAGUGGGGUGAAGUCAGUAAGCCAUGAUCUGGAGCAGCUCAACAGGCUUCUCCACAUGGUGAAAAGCUUGGUCCAGAAUCCCUACCUGUACCUGGGCUCAUAUGUGCGCAGCCUGGUGUCUAGUGUCAUGUACUGCAUCCUAGAGCCGCUGGCCGCCUCCAUCAACCCACUCAAUGACCACUGGACCCUCAGGGACUACGCAGCCUUGCUCCUCAGCCACAUCUUCUGGACUCACGGUGAUCUGGUGAGUGGUCUCUACCAUCAGAUCCUGCUGUCGCUCCAAAACGUUCUGUCUGACCCAGUGAGACCACUCUGCUCCCACUAUGGAGCCGUGGUGGGGCUUCAUGCUCUGGGAUGGAAGGCUGUUGAGAGAGUGCUCUUUCCACACCUUCCUGCCUACUGGGCCAACCUCCAGGCUGUGUUGGAUGACUACUCAGUUUCCAAUGCCCAGGUCAAAGCAGAUGGACAUAAAGUCUACGGAGCCAUCCUGGUGGCAGUGGAGCGCCUGCUGAAGAUGAAGGCUCUGUCUCUGUCUCAGCCAGCUGAGGGGGGCUCCAGCGGUCAGCCAGGGUCUGCUGUGGGUGCCAUGGGUUACAGGGUAAGCUCCCCUGGCCUCAGCCCCCCUCCAGAGCCUCUGUCAGAGGCUGUCCUGGGAAUCGCCAGCCACCUUCAGGCAGGCGGGGCCGGCUGUCCCUGGGAGGAGUGGACCCCGGUCCCCCUCCCUGCCAUGUACUGCGAGCUCUACUCCUUCUUUGGAGACAGCCUUGCUGUCAGGUUUAGUACAGGACCUGGGUUUGGCAGCUACCCUCCUUUUACCUCAUCCCAGCUCAGUGAUGCUAGGAAGGACCCCCCUGGCCCCGCCUCCAACCCCGACACCACCCGAAAGAUGCCACAGCUGACUGCCAACCUCAACAUCAGCCCCAGGGAGGACGGGAGUCCUCGAACCGAUCCGCCCCCACCAAGCCUGGCAGCUACUGGAUCAGGAAGGUCCCUGGCUCGCUCGUCCUCCUCUGUGCAGCGCUCCAGAUCUUCCUCGUCGCGUUCGGGCCAGCGCUCGGCAGGUCUGUCUCGUGAUGUUUUUCCCAAAGCGCGCUUCACCUCUCCUCAGACGGGACCUCCGGCGUUCUCCUUCCUCAUCGGCGGGCGGCAAAUGGGUCGUCGUUGCCAAGGCCGCCGUCCCUUCCAGACCACGUUUGCCCCGACUCCUCCUCUUUCAGCCGUCCCACCACGUGCCUAUGCCCACAAACUGCCUGUCAUCGGCAGGGUGGGCAAGCCUGUUCGCCGCUGGUCAUGUUCCCAUUACUCACUUCAUCUGCCUCUCUAGAGAAGAGGCUCUCUGAAAUAAGCUUCAGACUGCAUUACUACAAAGCAGCGUUCGCCUACAACAGACUUUAACAGGGCCAAAAUCAUAUUUUUCAGCUUAAGCUGCCAAUAAUUGGUGAUUGAUGAUAUUUUCAUAGUUGAUUAUCAAGGUGAACAACAAAAGGCCAGUCUAAUGGAUUAAAGCGACUACGUGUAGUAGUUAAAGAUUUCUGACUUUGGCUCAGUUUUCAUAAAGAAUGUUUCUUUUUUCUACAAACAAAACUUAUUUAAUUUAUUGGAAAAAUGCACACACGCUUGUGUUGACCACAACAAUGAAAACAGUAUAGUGGUUAUUUAAGGUUUUGGAUGUGCUGCAAAUUAAGAGGCCACAAAUUAAUGGACAUUUAGCACAGUACAUUAAACACAACAAAAUUAAGAAAAACAUUUGUCAAGAUAUACGAGAACAACAAGCACUGUACACACCUAACACACAAGCAGAUAUGAAGCAAGUCACACAGAACGACGAAAGACUAAUGUUGGCUGAUUCCAUGAUACCUGUGUUUUCCCUAUUUGCAGCAUGUUUCUUUAUCAAUUUCUGUUUCUUAAAGGGCAUUUCUGCAGUGUUUCUUCCUGAAUCGGAUGUACAGUAUGAGUUGUCAAAGUGGUGAAGAUGUUUUCUUUACUUGCUCAUUUGUUUUGCCACUUUAGGGCAGAAGAAACACUUGGGGGACAGCGCAUUGACUUAUCACUUUCUAAGCUGAUGUGGUGAACCUGAUAGCAGACAGUUGCUUACAGCACAUCCAGCAGAUACAGAGCAACAUUUGGAGAUGCUUCAGUGUCCACUUGGUGAAUGUUAGUCCAUUAUUCACUGUCUUACAGCACCUUUUCUCCUCUUCGCCACCUCUGGCUCUUUAGCUGCUAAAUGCUCCACCAUGUUCACCAGCUAGUCUCUGUGUACAACCACUGAGGUGUUUUCUCCUAUUCUCCUGCUGCCUUUUAGAUUAUCAGGGCAGCAGCUGUGUUGGAUUGUAGUUGUAUUUCUACAGUAAAAUGAUAAUACUCAUAUUAAAGCACCACUUCAUUCCAAAUGGUUAUUUUAGGGCUGUAACAAACAAUCGUUCUCAUUAUUUGUCAGAUUAAUCAUUAAGUCCAGAAAAUAAAGAAAAGUAGCCAUCUCAAUAUUUAGAAAUUUUUUACAGUCAAAAAGACAAAUAUGUUGACUUUAAAGUGAUGUAAGGAAGAGAAACGGCAAGUGCUCCUACUUGAGAAUCUGGAACCAGUUAAUGUAUUUGACAUUUUUGCGAUGUGCUUUGAUACAUGAUUGAAAAGAUAAAUCAAUCAGGAAAAUUGUUGAUUAGUUUUGUUCCUACCCGUUGUAGGACUGUACUCAUUAGAAUUAGCUGAAGGCCUCUCAUAAUCACCUGAUGUAUUACUUUGGUCAACUCCACAGUGAUGAACACUGUAGGAAAUGGUUGACAUGGACAUUGGCCUCACAUUUCAGCAAAGCAGUGUAUCAGUCUAAGCCUUCUGUAGCAUCGUUCAGUUCCUCUGCUGAGUGACAUUAAUAGGAUCCUACACAUGGAUGAAAAGCAUGAGACAGGUAGAGUGGCAAAUUCCAAAGUACUGAGACAGAAUACCUGCUGAGGACAGUGGACAGGAGGUGUCUUGUACAAAGCUGCUGUUUUCAUUGAAUAAAAAAAUAUCUGUUUUG